AUCAACUGUGUAGCCCUCAUAAAACUUAAUUUCAGAGAAUUAUUGGCACAUUGCUUUAAAGGAAUUGUGUCAUGUUGAUAAGGAUGUAACACUUAUAGAGUCUCAAAGGGAGAAAGUUUUUUUAUUUGGUCAUAUGACAAAACAAGACAGGUUUGCUUUUAUAGUAAUGAUUAAUAUCAGGUGCUAAAUCAACAGUUUCUUUGCUUCAUCAUCUUAAUGACAAGAUAGAAACCAGGCAAAAGUUUAAUGGCAGAAGGUAAGGUUCAAAAAGUUCAAGUUUGUAUGUUCAAAGUCAGAUAAGAAAUUUGGCAGGAUUUCCCGCUUUUUACAGUUUUUCACUUUUCUUCCUUUCCUUAAACAUCAGGUAUGAUGUGGAGUGAGUUUAUGUCAUUUGUUUUAAAUUCAAAGCUGUAAAAGAAUCAGGUUUUUGGAUCAGCUCACACUGCUCUGAUUUUCAUUUUGGAUGCUUGACAAUCAACCGUUUGCAUAUGAAUGUUUGAUCUGCUUGUCAGAACAGAGUAGCUCAAAACAACUCAAGUAAACACUGCCGAUUAUGCCAAACUCAGUGCAUGCCUACAUUUUGCAAAACAAGGUAGGAUUUCUGUACGUAUGCAAUAUUUUCUAAUUGUUUUGUUGGUGAUAAAAGGUUUCCAUAUUUCCUGUAUUUGAUGUUGUGUCUAAGAUCGAUCAUCUUUGUGAAAUGCAGUGUGAAGGUUUUGCCACAACUGACAUGAACAUGUGGGUGAAAGUUGACUCCUGUUCAGUUAGAUAAGUUACAAGUCGUCAAUGGGGGAUGAAAGUCCAUGGCUACCAUGAUGAAAGACUCUAUGUAGGUUAUUGUAGUUAUCCAAAGUCCAGCACUUAUUUCACUACAACAACAGAGUGGAGUAAGACCUUGGCGAGUGAACAUGAAAACAGCACCGUUGACUGCUUUCUGCACUGAUAAGUUGGUUGUUGAACAGUUGACCAGUGAUGGAGAAUGCCAGUGUACCAUCAGCUAUCAACCCACCACCAAUGGAGAUUUGUGUGUCCAACAACUGUUUGGUGUCUGCAGAGACGGGAAAUCACGUACACAAUAUGGAGACUGCCUUGACAGAUAUCAGUGGUCGCUUCACUGCAGACAGGAGGUCAGGCCUUGUGCAAUCCUAUCACAAUGCGAUGCAGUCAAUAGAAGUAGGGCAGAGGUGUGUCAAGCUGAGGAGGACUACCGUGGUUAUGAUGGAGAGCUGGGUCUGUGUAUUUGCAGAGAGCCUUCUGGCAGAGCUGCAUGUGGUGGCCUGUGCAGGAGGAAGCUAGCUAGUGAACUGGAGCUCCAGUGUCAUUCAGAUGGAAACACUGAAUUGGUGUGGAGCCAUGAAAAUCAGGUGUCGAGGGUCUCAGGCAUCGUGCUUGAGACGAUUUUCAAACAGGGGGACUCCCAGGAGAAUCUAUUGUGCAACAGCUAUCUUAACUCCUCGCGUCCUGUGUACAUUGUUCAAACAACAGAAAGUGGAUUCUUCGGUGUCCUCAGCGGCCUCCCAAAAGAGCUUCAACAACUGUUUCCUGACACCACACAGUGGGACUUUCAGAGCUCAGCAGAGAAAGAUUAUGACUUCUUUCAUGAGGUCAGCAGUGUUGAAAAUACCAGUUAUGGGGGAAGAGACAUUAACUCCAGGAAGUGGAGAGGAGAUGAGAGUGAUAUGGAGGAGUCAAGUUUAUCUGGAGUCUUGAAUCCAACAACAUGUCUCCAUCUGGGUGAUAUUUUACUGUUCACUGUCAACACACUUCAUUACCCACAAUAUGACAAUUACAACCUAUACAACACAAACAGUGACUUUGACUGGGGUCCAUUUAGAUUGUUAAAAGAAGAGAUGACACUGUCUUGGACUCCUCCAGCCUUCUUUUCGUUGGAUUUCAGCCAACCUGGAGUUUACGUAUUCACACUAAGCAGCCAUCAGCACAAACACUUGUAUGUUCGAGUGAUGCCAGCAGGUGGUCAGUGUUAUGAGUCUGGCCCCUUCUUCCCUACCAUCCCUCGUCAUGUGACCAGGAUGGGAAUCAACAGGAGACGGGAUUUGUUACUUCAGCCGGACUGGCUGGUGACUGGAGGACUGGUUUUUGGUGCUGUGGUCAUCCUCUGUUUAUGUGUGACAGUGCUGAUCCUGUUCCGUGAAUAUGGAUGGCCUGAGAAGGACCCCAUCAAAGUGCGGUAUCGCUUGUUGCAGUUGGCUUAUCAGAUGGAUGACUACGCAUCAAAAGGUUCAAGGGUGAUCUCACUAAGGAAGACUCACCGAAAACAACAAGCUAGAAUGACGCAAGACUCUAUUCAGCCAGUCUGCACAGAUGCUUUGGAAGAAUUUUGGGAUUAUGAACACCAGGUGGAUCUGGAGGCAUUUAGCAGCAACACCUUUUACAGUCUCCUACUCAAACAAAGCCUGUCUGUUACUACAAGGCUGGGGAAGCUCACCACUGAGGUAAAGGAACUAUAUCAGGGGGUGCUUGAGAAAUUGCAGCUUCUCCACCCACGGAUGAUAGCUGAGGAGAGGGUGGAGGAGGGUUACGAGAGGAUGAGGAGAGAGAUGGAGAGGGAGGUGGUCCGACGAAAGUCAUUGGCAUCACAGCUGAGGACUUUACUCGACAGUCAGCUGCAGGUCCUGAGUAGAGAGCAACAUGCCAAGCAGAGGGUCUACAGUAUGUUUAUGUGUCAGCUCAGAGAGUGCACCAGACUCCUGUCCAAGAUGUACAAUAACCAGCCCUCCUGCGACCUGCACCAGCAAAUUUUCACCCAGAAGCUAACAUCCCUUGUAGGUGGAAUGGGAGAGUUGGUGUCUGCAGAGUGCCGCCGUCAGGGGGCAUGGGGUUUAUUGGGUGAGGGCACGGGGGCAAAGCUGCUCUGCCCCGACACCGGAACUGUUCUGACCAAAGAUGACAUGUUUGGUCCUGAUGGGUCUUUGCAAGUCUCUCGUACAGUCCACUGUGAUUCAGUCACGGGCCUCAUAAGGCCAAAUCCUCACAGCCAUAUGCUACUCAGCAGUGGCCACACCAUGGCAGUACCACCUGAGUUCUUCAUCCACCCACAGACGGGCAGAGUUAUGCCCAUCACUGGCAAUGUGGCCUUUGAUCCUUCCAGCUCUACAUUAGUGUUCACCACUGACCUUUGUACAGGUAACAAGAAAGGUGACAACAGAAAAUGGGACAGGCCCCUUAUUCCUUUCAUUCCUUACCCAACCUCUUGCCACUCAGACCAGCCUCUUCCCAGUGCUCGGCUCAAAGGCCUCAGACUGGGCCAAAAGCUCCAGCUGGGUAUUCCCAUGACAGAUCCAGAGACAGGAGUUCUGGUUCCCAUUCUGGCCGUAACCAUCCACCCACAGACUGGAUUGGUGUACCCACUGGGACGGCUUCAUACCUGUCCGCUAACACACCUUCCACAACCCAUACAGAUUGGUUAUCCCAUGCUGGACUCCCGGACGGGGAAUGUUGUGCUUACUGUUGGGGUCAGUUUAGAUCCAGUAACAGGAGAUGUGCUGCCAGUAGGUGGAGUCCUGCUGGCCGAGUCCUUCCUGGAACCUCUUAGUGGACGGAUGGUAAAAGUGGGAGGGGCCAGCAUGAGGGCUGGACAGCUGGUUCCAAAUGCAGGAGGUUACCAAACUCUACUAGAAAGCAAGGUCCUGGCAGCAAUGUUCAAAGUACUGGAUAUCCUGAAGCCUCUAAACGAAGAGUGGGGUUCAGAUCCAACUUUACAACAUUUGCAGCCCCAUCUGGGCAAUGAGAAUGCAAAUGGUCGACAAGAUCAUCUUCUUGCUGUGACCAAAGAGCUUGAGCAGGCCUGGGGAAGGAGCCUGCACUGCCAGCUGCAGCUGCAGACCAGACUGGAGAUGCUGCUGGACUGGGCCAUGGGUCUCCAGCAAGAUGGAGGAAUUUUGGGAGACAUGCCUCUGCCCAGUUCGGACAUGUGUGUGCCAGCUCUACUUGGGAUGGACUACCCUGACCCUGUGGGAUCUGGUCUUAGCGUGCCGGUGCUUGGUAGUCAGAUAGAUCCUGACUCUGGGAAUACAAUACCAUUAGCUGGGACCAUGGAGGAUCCAGAUGGAAAAGGAAUGGUGGCGAUCCGUUAUGGGUCUCAGACUGUAGAUCCCGUGACUGGGCUGUUAGCCCCAGUGGUUGGAGCAAGGCUGGACGUGGUUAAAAAAAUCAUUGUGCCUGUCACAGCUUCAUACUGGCUUAUGAUGGCAGAACAACUUGACAGUGUGCAGGCAGAGGCACUGCAGAGGGAAGUGUGUUUGAGGAACACUUACUGGCAGCAGCAAAGGCAGCGUGAAGAAGAUAUUCUUACUGAUCUGGACUCAGCUUUACACCAGUGUCUCACCAAAGCCACAGACACAAACUCUUAUCAGGCCCAGUGGUCAGGGAGGCUGAGGGAAGCAACCAUGGAGAUGCAAGAUGCAGCACAGACUGAAGCCCAGAGGAAAGCAUCUCAGCACUCCUACUUGGCUCUGAUCCUACCAUCACAUGUGUUACACAUCCUGACAAUGGGUGACGAAGAGGAAUGGGACCAGCAGUGUGUUUGGCACUCAGCACUCAUGUCUGGCCUAGAUAAAGUGGAUGUGUGUAUGGAUCAGCUGCAACAAGAAAACGAAAAAAGGACGACAGAGGCAGGAGACUGGUCUACAAAACUCCACGCAAUGGACAGAGAGCUGAGACAGAAAGAGUUGUGGGAGCAGUGUAAUUGCAGACAGACAGAGUUGGAAGCUGCUUUCUGUUCGCUGCAUUUUGUCAGACUACUAUCUCAACUUCAUGCCAACACAGCCCAGGCAGUACUGUGUGGGAACUUUUGGUUCAAGGAUUAUGGUUUGGUCCAUUGCAGCAGGCAUAGACCAAAUAUGAAGUGGAUUGGUUUGCUCCAACAGAGAGCUUUGCCUCUGCUUGAACGACUGAAUCAGCUCUUGGAUGAAAAACAGUCAAGCAGCUUCUCCCCCAACACCUGCAGUCAGCACAUCUCUGCAACAGAUACAAUGCCAGACAGUGGUUUGUUAACGAAGCAGACAUAUUGUUUGGAGAUGCCCUCUAGAGUCUGGACAGCCUCUGUGCCUGGAGUGAAAGGAAUCUCAGCCCAGUGUUUGAAGGAGCCUGGAAAUAUUGCUCAGAGUCUUCAAGCCAGCUUAGCACUGACACACAACUCACAAAGACACACAGCAUUGUCUGGGAUUCACUCUCCGGGGAGCCAACAAUUGAAGGAUUCUGCCCAGUCUAUACACAUCGCCAUCCCAACUAUUCCAGAGGUGCAGUGGACAAGGCUGCUGGAGCUCUCUCCUCUGUUCCAGCUGUUAAAGGGGGUGGAGGAACAGCUAAAGGUCUGGGCUGGUAAGAUGGGGCUUACUGGAGGAGAGAUCCAUGGCAGAGGUAAAAAUUUUAUAGAUGUCCUUGAUGCUCAAUGGGAAUGUGAGGGAGAACUGAUUCCUUUGGACCUGUCGGUCCUCAGCCCUAGGGAAUUCCUGGUCUACCAACAUGGACUAUUCCUGAUGCAAACACUCCACAAUCUAAAACUGACUUCAAACAUUUCACUUCAGAUAGCAGCUAGCCUCCCAGACAACAACUAUUUCAACAACGCUUUCAGAAAUUCUUUCUUUUAUCAGGAGGCAGAGGAGACCCUUUUUGUCCGUCGUCAGAGGCUCCAGUCAGUUGGAGGUUUCUCUCUCAUGUUACUUCACUGUCUGUCCCAUGUCAAAAUUAAGGACAUGAGCUCCGACUCCAGUCCUGCUUUCCAAAGGCUUUUCUUCAAGACUCUACAGGAAUGCCUGGGAGAGCUGUUUCAGGCCAGAUUGGGCAUGCAACCUUCUGGACAGGAAACCAAUUUGUGUGUUUGGAUUCAGGAGCAGGAGCCCUCCCUGGGGGACUUAAAGGAGGCUUUGCUAGACUCCCAUACUACCUCCCUGCUUCACAAGCUCCGUAAACCAAGCAAAGGACUGCUGUCUGAAGAUCAGGUUGAGAAAAUGCAGAAGAAGCAUAAAGAAACAGCCCUGUUUUCUCAUCUUGAAGGACUUUUGAGAGAGAGAUGUUCUGAGGCUGCAGAGAAAGAAGACCAGAUGGGGUGAACACAAGUCUUUAUGGCUUCUACACUCAUUGACAGUGACAGUCUAAAUCCAUGUGGAGGCCCAAGCAAACCUUAUUUCUGGUUAUUUCUGGUUUCAAAUAAAAAGAAUGGUUAUCAGCGUUCGUAAAAAAAUAAUGCUAUAAUCUUGUAGUAUUAAAGUGUACAUAUUGGGUGCGACUUUUCUUUAUAAACACUGUAACUGACAUCAAAUGAUUUACUGCAGAGCACAGGAUGAAAUAAACAAUUGAAUCAGCAUCCUGUAAAUUAAAGUCUCUAUUUAU